GUCAGACGGUAUCGAGAGUUCUGAGCGACCGCGUGUUGUCGAGGAAUGGAACUCGAGAGACGAGGCAGGGUUGUGUGCGAAGAUCGGACUGCACAGACCGUGGCUGGGCGUUGAGCCAGAUAAUGAAGUUGGUGUGGAAGCUCUCCUCACGGUGAAGUGUGACAGCAGGGUUGCACUGAUUCAUCUGUGGGUCAGGUGGGAGAACCCGGGCCUCUUUAAUCAGAAAUUCUAGAACAUGAAUUUAAGACCCAAGCCGAAACCUACAGGGGUCCCCAACCCUUUUUAUGCCAUUAAUCUCGAUCAUUAACCGAGGGGAAAGUGGAUCCCAGGUUGGGAAUGCCGUGGAAUACUGCGCUGUCCAACGGCAUUACCUUUUCACAUAGAGCAUUAAGCCAAACAAUUUGAUCCUAAACGCGAUUAAAAAAAAACUAGUCAUUUUAAAGAGAAGAACCAAUUAUCCCCAGUGCCCGACCCUCAUUCUAUAUUUCUAUUUAUCUGAUCUUCAUCGCGUAAUCGUUGUGCAAGAUUUAGCUACUACGAUUCAUGCAUUAUAAAAGCCACCAGUUGCCCUCCAAAAAUACUUAAUUGGUAGUAUUGGAACUUUGGUUCGUCUUGAAAAGCAACGGAAUUUGGGAGUGUUCCCAGAAAAUUACAGCGUUCUGAAAUUCCUCCAAGUAAAUCUAGCGCGGAUUUAAAAUAGGAGGUAUUUCUUGCUUUCACAAUAGUUUUAAUAAUUAUUCAUCAAAACCCAGCCCAUGUAGCGAUUGUUUCGGUUUCCGUCUGAAACACGUCAAUUGAUGAGAGGCUAAAGGUCAGCGAGACUGAAAACUGACGGGAUCCCAGCUGGCCGAGCUGAUUGGGAAAUGGAAGUGGCCGUGGAUUUGACAGUAGUGCCGCUGCCGAUUUAUUGCUGAAGUUGAUGGCGACGGAACUAGUCUAAAUUCGAGGAGAGAGAACUCGUUGUCUGUGUUUAUGAAAGAAGACAAGCGAUUCAGUGACAAUUUGAUUCGAUUGAAAUGGAGUUGAGAGCUGUGCUUUCAAUUCUGGGGUUGGGGUUAUUUUUGUUUGGAGCCGGUGCCGAAGGUGGUUGCGUGGAUUUGGGAAAUUGCUGUAAGGGCAGGGAAUCCAAAUGUCACACUACUGGGUGGCGGCCCGAUCGUUCCUACGGAACCUGUUACUGCGACCAGGCUUGUGGACGUACCUUAGAUUGCUGCCACGAUUACCAUCUGGCCUGCCCAGCUGUUUCUUGCAAAGUGACCGAGUGGAGUUUCUGGAGUGGCUGUGCGGAACCCUGCAAAAACACUUACCGUGUUCGUCGACGGUAUAUCAUACAGGAGCCAAAGAAUGAUGGUGAGCCUUGUCCCCCCUUAGAGGAAAGAGCUGGGUGUGUGGAAUAUCGCAGUGACAAGGACAGAACGUGCAGGCAGUCUCUUGUCCCGGCGUUAAUUACUACAGGGGGAUAUGGAAAAGCUCGAAAAAAGCGAGAUGCUUCCAUUGGAUCCCAGGAGUCAGGGUAUUGCAUGGAAUUCCAAGUGAAGUCUUUGUCUCAGAAUUGCUUGAUUGAACACCGUCCUCAUGCUAGGUGGAUGCAGUACCUUCGGCAAGGCUUCACUGUGUGUGUGGAAUGUCAGUCUCCUGCAAUGAACUCUGGCUUUCAGAGGUGUUCUGGUGAUGGGGGAGAAAUAGAAAGGAACCAGAUUCUACAGUGGUAUGCUGUUGGUAAUCCUCACUGCAGAGGGACAUGGAAAUGGAUUCGAAGAAUUGAAUCAUGCACUUGCCCUUCAGUCCACAGCUUUUUAUUUAUUUGAAGUAACUCAUCCGGUCCAUGAACGCAUACUACUAAUUAACAUUUCCAUCGACAUCAGAAGUUUGGAAUUUUAUUCAAACUACAUGAAGACUAAAUAUAUUCUGAACACUGCAGUAAGAAUAUGAGGAAAUGACUGAAAUGUUACCUUCUGAAAAUGGUUUUAUUUUCCAGAAUUUUAAAAUCCUAUUUCAUCACUGUGGGAUUAAAAUAAACUUCAUUCGCCCUUUGAGAAAAAUGAAACUUCAAAAUGAAGUUACUGUUUUUAAACUAGAUAUCUCUGACCAUUUAAACAUUUUGAAAGUAUCAUAUUUAGAAAUCUUUUUAUAGGCUUUUUGAUUGUUGAAGUUAUUGAUUUCUUUCAAAUUUUACACUAUGGUUAUUAUACACACAUUUAAUAAGCAUAUCUGGUGUAUAAUAUCUCGCAGUGAGACCUUCUUUCCCUGAACAUUGGUGGAAGUCCAUUUUUGGUUGGAAAGCAUUUCUGGAUGGGCAGGUAAUUGAUGAUUUGAGAAAUGAGUAACUUACUGAGUUUUUAUUACUGUUAAAGUAAAUCAUAUAAUAAAUCUGUGGCUUACUUUAGAAAAAAAUAAAUUUAAGAUUGAAAUCUUGAUGAAUUUAGCAAAUGGGAGAACUGAGGAAAAUGCAUGUGUAAAAUAAAUUCUUUUAAUAUGGUUUCUUAAUAGUUUCUUUUAAUAUAGUUUGAAAUGAGACUUUAUAGGUGAAAUUGUUAAAAUAAACUAGUUAAUACCUUUUCCUUAAUGAUUGUAUGUACUCCUACGUGCGAACCAUUUCACCUGUUGUAAUGUGAAGAAAAUCACUGGCGAGAUGCAGCUGGUAGAUAUGAAGUUGUCUUUUUAUUUGACAAAAUGAGAAACCAUAGGCAUCAUAUUGAGACCUUUUCGGAGGAAGGGGCCUACUUGACCCAACAUUACAUGGACAUUUUGUAUGCUAAAGAUCAAAGGACAAUUCUAUAUUUACAAUGUAUCUACAAUACUUCCUUGAAUUACAUAUAACUUUCACAUCUCCUUCUUUGCACCCACAUUCCAGACAAUCAAAAUAAAUGUUAAUCUGCAUUGUCUGGUUUUUCAGUUAACAGCUCUAGGAACCUAGUGUUCAGAGUUGCAUUUGAAAUUUAAUCUACAGUCCAUGUUCAGGUCUAAAGAUUGGUGGCUGAAGUUAAUAUUUUGCUCUAUACACUGUCAGUGACAGUGAUGGAACAAAAUAGUGAUGGAAUGGUCAGACUUCUGAUUUCCACCCAAAGUAAACUGUUCUGUGUUCAAUGAAUUUUACAAAAUUUUGGUCACUUAUGGUUAUCAUUACUGUUCUCUGCCAGUCACCGUAAUUUACCUGUUGUAUUGUGCAUUGGCUUCAAAUUUCACUUUAUUCUGUAAGUAUAUCUCAUGGCCUUCAUUGAAACAUCUUGGAGCCUUAACAUUGUAUUUCUCCAUCUUAUUAUCCAACUUGGAUAUAAGCAUUUUUGUGUUCUUGUACUCUGUAGCAUAAACAGAUAGCUCAUGUUCCUACUUGCAACAUUUUUAAUCAUUUUGAUUGACUUUACAUGAAGUCUUCUCACUAACUUCAGUAUGGAUCUGGUCUCAAACUUUGCAUUAUGGGAUUUUUUCCAAUUUUAAAUUGUUAUAAUGAUCUGAAACCUUUAUCUUUGAUUUAUAAAAUUGUUGCUGGAUGUGCAAAUUUUCACAUCUCCUCAGUACAGCCCAAUACUAGUUCUCUGUCUUUUAUUUCAAAUGGAAAGCAUUUUGGUCAAACUCAGUGAUGUUUAUUUCAGAGGAAAUGUGUGGUCCUUUCAGAGCAUUUAUAGAACGUGUAAAGAGCUGUAGAGGAGAAUGUUGUUCGAUAUCAGUACUGUCAUAGGAGUAAAGGACUCGGUUGUUGUAUGGCUCAAUGCAGUCUACUUUCAUGGAUGUAUGUUCAUGGUCUUCUGCUGCUGUAGCCCAUCCACCUUCUCAUUUGAUCUCUCUCCCCCUCCCUCAGCGUUUUUGCCACAGAUUGAUGCCCAUUGGAUAUUUUUUGUUUUCUGCAUCAUUACCUGUAAACCAUAGAGACUGUUGUGUCUGAAAAUCCCAGGAGAUUCGCAGUUUCUGAGGUAUCAAAACCACCCUCUCUGGUACCAACAAUCAUGUCAUGUUCAAAGUCACCUAGAUCACGUUUCUUUCCCAUUCUGAUGUUUGGUCUCAACCUCUUGACCAUGUCUGCAUGGUUUUCUGCAUUGGGUUGCUAACACAUGAUUGACAGAUUAUAUAUUUGCAUUAGCAAUGAGGUGUACAUCUGUACCUAAUAAGCUGGCCACUGUGUGUAUGUUGAAAGAUGGAUAGUUUUGUAAAAGCAGGUAAUAAGAGAUUUUAUUUUUUGAUUGGAGUUGGAGUACAAUGCGAUAUCCGUUUUAUGAAUUCUUCUAUGGGAAGUGGACUUUAUCGCUAAGACCACCAUUUAUU